UUUUUUUCAGUCCACUUCCGUUGUCUCGGUUCGUCACUUUGACUUUCGUACACUGUCAUUUCACGGACUGAUCAUUUUGUGAAUGACCUGUCUCCGCCAAUAGGUUCAGUCACGUCCCUGGGUUCAAUAACUUUGACGCCUUUUCUUUUUUUCUGAAGACAUUAAGUGUUGCACAAUAAUUCUGAAACUGAGCAUGAUGGAUAAUUUUAGGAAAUGGUACGACUGCGUGUACUUAAAGAGUUUAUCGUUUCGGCAUCCGUCGAUCAACACAUGUUUUUCAGCUAACUGCUAUAAAUCAGAAUGUAGUGUGAUGAAAACCUGCCCCCAAGAACGCAGUGUUUCAUAUAACUUUCUCCAAGCAUUCCUUUCUCGGAAAGCAUUUUGUGAAAGUGGCAAAACGCUGUCUCUUCCAACACCAAUGGGCAAAAAAGAAGAAACUCAAGAAAAAACGAGCAGAGUUUUUAAUAUCGUCAGUGAGGUAGAUGUCCAAAAUUAUUUAUCAAACGAGACAGGUCGUGACAGACUGAUUAAGAUGUAUUCUAUAGAUCACAAAGGCCAACUGACUCCAGAAAUGCAAAUAAUUAAGACUGCCACCAUUCAGGCAGCUGCUGCUACAUUUCUUUGUGUGAGCCUGUUAGCUGGCAGACAGGCCAAGAAUGACUUCAUAACUCGAAACCAAGUGACUGUUUUCAAAACACGCUUCCAGGCAUUUCGACGACUUCAAGACACUAUUUUUCUAUUUAGCAUGAAAGAGGGAGCAAAAUGGACAGUCCGUGUUUCAGUAUUUUCAUUAAUUUUUUUACUGACGUCACAGUCCAUUGCUGUAUACCGCAACAAGAGUUCAGUAUGGGAAUAUACCGUUGCAUCUGCUUUGACGAUUGGACUUUUUAAGGCUAAUCUGGGUCUUCGUGCGUUUGUGGUUAGUACGGGCUUUGGAGCAGUCAUUGGAUCACUUGGGGGUUUGCUUGUGUAUGCUGCUAUGAAGAUUACAAAUGAAACUCAGGAACAGCGCCAUCACUGGCAAGUACAAAGAGAACUUGAGCAUAAUAAGAUUAUCCAAGGCCAGUUUGCUUCCAAUGUUGUGACUACAGCAGCCUGAAAUUCUUCCUGCAAACCAUGUGUGAUGACCAUUGACUGCUCUUAUGGCUAGCUUACUGCCAACAUCAAUAUAUGACUGUGAUUUCAUUUGAAGCAUAUCCUGACAAUAUCUGCUAAAGGUGUAAGCAGAAAGCAGAUGAAAGUUAAAGGUGUAUGCAGGUGAAAGCAGAUUAAGCUUGAAACCACUUGCAUUUAAAUUGGAAUUUUGUGAUGCAGUUUAAUGUACAAAAGAUGAAGAAUUUGAAAUGGUGACAUCAUCAUACCUAGUAAAAAUUGUAAUGCCUUAAAAUAUUCCAUAAUGGAGCUCAGUAGUCAGAGUUUUUAGAUUGUUGAAGAUCAUACAAAUUAUGGAUGAAAUAACAAUGUUGCCAUCAAGCUUUGAGUGCUAGAUGACUGUACUCUUGAUAUUAUUUGUAUUAUAUAACACAUGAAGUAUAACUCUUACAUCCAACAUGAAAAACUUAUUUCAGUUGAUGGGAAGAUACCACUGAGUUCUGACUCCCAUUGUAUAGAAGAUAACCGAAUAGAAACAAACCAGAAGAAUCGCAGCCAUCAUAAUUAUUAAAACCUGGGCUUUUUGCACAACGUAUCCAAAGCUUAAAACUAUUUUGUAGAAGCUAAUUUAAAUUUUUUUUAUUUUAUAGGAAAUUACUGUUAACCCAUUUAGAAGUGUUGCAUGGGCAUUUCAGAAUCAUUUUAAGAAAGAUUUUAUCUUCUAGCUUUAAAGAUAUUUUAAAAUUGUUUUCAAACAACUUGGAGCAACAGCUGGUAAAACAGCUUUUUAAAGUGAUGACCAUGAUAAUCAGAAUCAGCUUUAGAGACGAGUGUGAGGUUUGAACAAACGAAACCCUGGGAUGAAAAAAAAAAUUGGAAGAAUUGUUUUACCAGUUUGGAUUGUACCAAACCAAUAUCCCCAUAAUUAUUGAAGAGAUCGCAAUGAGUACUGACAAAAGCACAGCUCAUAUUUGAAAUUUAAAAUAAUUGUUAAUUUUAUGGGGGUUGCGGAAAGUUACAUUUAGCACUGACUUUAUUUCCCAUAGACUAACAUAAUCAGACUAAAGCUAAGGAGGCAAUAAUAUCUUACAUGAUUUAAAUGACACCUAGCAUUUAGAAAGAAACAUGUUUCAUAUCUCUUAAAACAUCUGCAAAAAUGUCAUACAAGGAGAAAAGCUACUUAGUGUUGCAUUCACUCUAAGGUAGAAGGUUAAAAUGGGACUUCAUUCAAAUGAUAUAAUUUACAGUAGGCUUGAUGACAUUGACAAAAAAUAAAAUUUUCACUGAGACAUUAACUCGGGAAAACCAAAAUCCAAUAGGAAAGAUUGCUGGACUGACAAAAAAAAAGAAAAGCAAACAAACCUGUCAUUGAGUUAUAAAAUAGAUUGCAUGCACGACCUAUUAAUAUUAAGUUUAGCACUAUGUAUUGACAUAUUCUUAAAUUUUCUUUGUACAUGUGUAUGUGAGAAACAUAGCAAAGGACUUUGCGUGCUUUAAAAAAGUAGAUCUGUCAUUCUGUUUCUCUGAAACUGAAAUUAAAAAAUUGCCUUUGCAUGUGUGAAAAAAAAAUCAAGUUAAUAUUUAGAAGGAUUCUGUUAAGCUGAUUUUACUUAAUCCCUUUUAAACUUGUGUUUAAAACUUAAUGUGCAGCUGGCCCCUGAUCUGUGUUUGCUAAAACUGUAUACCAUUGAUUCCAAAUUGCUUUUGCUACAUGCAGUGAGAAGAAUAGCAAAUAACAUCUGUUUAAAUAACAUUCAGCAGUGUACAAGCCUAACAUUUUAUUACUACAUAUACAGUCGUCAAAAAUUGGCAAAAAACUGAUGAAAAGGAGGUUGCCUGAGGUGCAUAUUAAUUUGUCUACAAUUUUGCAACCAAAAGAAAACCGCACCUUGUUUAUUUGGUUUUCUGUUUCUUCAUUCUACCACAUUCUGACACCAAAUAUGUUAGGGAGAAAAUGCAUUAAACAUUUAUACAGAGCCUUUUCCCACUACUAUAAGCAUUAUCAAAAUACUUUAUACAUUUACACAUGGAAGUAGGGCCGUACUUAGGGGCAGAGAGACGAGGUAUCUGCACAGGGCCCCACGCUUUUGAUAUUUAUCAGGGACCGCGUGCUUUUGAUUAAUAUGGUAACUAGGCUUCCAAUUAAUCCCUAUACCUCAUGCCCCACGGGAGCUAAGAACGGGCCUGCAUACACCUUCAAAGUUCCGAAAGGGUUGAGGAAACAACGUGUCGCGAACCCUGGGGAACAGGAACGCGAAAUAGACACAGGUGUCGCGAUUGAGCUAACUCCCUUGGCCAAUUACAUUUUCCAUCACAUUUGUGUAUGCUAUAGUUCUCACAAAUGACUUCGGGCCCUCAGCGUACACCCCAAUAAACAAGAAUUUUCGUGACGCUUAUCGUUUCUACGAGAACAAAGACUGCAAAGCAGACUUCAGAAACUACAAGGGGGAUAUCUAUCUUGUGUCCUCGGCUACACGGUUACGAAAGCUGUCCCAGUCCAGGGACUGCACGUCGCUUUUCGACGACUGAUUGUUCAUUCGACUAAACUGUUAUACAGCACAGUGGUGCGCGCUGGGAUGAGCAAUGUCACGAACAGCCGCGAAACAAACACCACCCUAAUGCUACGUAAUCCUGCCGACUGGUGCUUGGGAGUGCGGGCGAAUACCCACGGAUGUUCUCUUCUCCCUUGAGAACGACGACUCCUGUCAUUGGCCUUGGCAUCGAACUUCUGCUUCUCAGGUCUUUGCCUUCUUGGCUGAAGUCUCGGUCUUGGAGAAAAGAUUGAAGAAAGCUGAAGACGUAUCAUUUGUUAACCAAGUACGCCGUAGGUAUAGAGGUCAUACCAAGAAGUGUCCUGCCAUGUUCUCGUUUGCUUCGUACACAAACACAAAACAAGGGAUGCCACUGGACUGUACGAAGCAUCCUUUACCCAAUUCACAGUUGGGAAGCGCGGACAAGGGAAGACCAUUAGCCCCACCUGUAGGUGGUUGGGUAGAGAACAACUCCCUCCAACCAACUCCCUCUUCCCUGUGUAAUGCUGAUAAUUCCCUCAAGCCAUGCGCGAAAGAGCCUUCAGAUGUUUACUAACCGUUAGGCAUAUCUGUCGAGAUCGUCAUCAACACCUUCCUUUGGCAGCUGUUUAUUUGGCUUUCUUUAGCUAAUACCUCUCUAGAAACUGGUACACAAGCCCCCUGUACAAGUGGUCUCUGAGCUUGUGGACGUGUCAAGAAUUCCAGUCUUGCAUCAUUGAAUAACUACUGUUAUGAAUGAUCUGUUACCCACGGAAAGAGAUAAAGGGGCAAGCAGUGUUUGGGGUACUUUUUCUAAACCAGACCCUCUUGCGAGGAUGGACAAUGCUUUUCCUGAAAAGGCUUCCCAGUCACCCUGGAUUAUCUCUGUCAGUCCGAAAAACAAGCGACCGAAAGUCCAGGGCCGACUGCUUGCAUAUUAAUGACUACAACCUCCGGUGGUCACUACUAAUUUCCAAUCGGAUUACUCCUACUUUUACAUCGGAAACGACGUUGAAAUAACUAAAUAAAACUUUUUAUUAAGUGGAACUCCAGGCAUUACAGAAAAAACCUGACUUGGCUUUAUUUAGAGUUUGAAGGCAUUGUAAAAAUGAUAAGACUUAAAAGGUAUUAAAUUGAAUGUUUAAAUUAGUAGCAGAUGAUGUACUGACCAUGAAAAUUGUUACCAAAGUGCAACUUUAAACAUUGUAGGGAGAUGCAAGCAUUAAAUGUUUUAUAAUUCCAAGAACUCUUUCAUACAUUAACUUAAUUGAAGCUUAUACAUGUACAGUAAAAAAUCCCUAUUAAGACUUGCUAAAAUCCACCCAAAUCGGAGCUUAACUGAGAAGAGAUCAACCAUUUGGCUUUUAUUCCACGACUUGAUACACCUGUACAGGGGCAGGUAAGAUAGAAGUUUAGGUUUUGAGCAACAUGGAAUAAGUAAAUGUAAAUCAUUGCAAGGAAAAAAAAAAUACAAUUUACAGUUAGGUUUCUUUAUUCUUCUUUAUAUUUUGUUUACAUGUGCAAUGUUUCUCCCUGAAUCAAACACAAUUUUACUGCGGUAAUAUUGUAGUGUGAAAUGAAGUGACUAGUGACCUGCACUUUUCACUUCCACAGAAAACUGCUUAGUUUCCUUUAAAAUUAAAGUUCAUUUAUUAAAAUGUU